AUGGGGCUCCUGUCGCAGGGCUCCCCGCUGAGCUGGGAGAAGACGCAGCGCCACGCGGAGCACGUGCGCAAACACGGCAUCCUCCAGUUCCUGCACAUCUACCGGGCGGUGGGCGAGAGGCACAAGGACGUGCUCAAGUGGGGCGACGAGGUGGAAUACAUGUUGGUAGUAUUUGACCAUAAAAACAAGAGAGCGCAGUUGUCCCUAACUGGAGGAGACGUUCUUCAUACUUUGCAAGAAAAAGGGGAAAGAGUAAACCCAAACCAUCCAACUCUCUGGAGGCCAGAAUAUGGAAGCUAUAUGAUUGAAGGGACGCCUGGGCAACCCUAUGGAGGGACAAUGUCUGAAUUUAACACUGUGCAAGACAACAUGAGAAAGCGACGCCUGGAGGCUGCUUCUGUGCUGAAACAAAACGAAGCUGUUUGCACUGUGACAUCGUUUCCAAGAUUGGGCUGUCCAGGAUUUACGAUACCGGAGUGUGUGCCUACCCCUGUUGAGACAGGAGCCUCCAAGUCUCUCUUCUUCCCGGACGAAGCCAUUAACAAACAUCCCAGGUUUAGUACUUUAACAAGAAACAUUCGACACAGAAGAGGAGAAAAAGUAGUGAUAAACGUGCCAAUAUUUAAAGACAAGAAUACUCCGUCGCCGUUCAUAGAAACAUUCCCUAAUGAUGAUGGUGAAGGAGCCAGGGCAGUCAAGCCUGACCAUGUCUACAUGGAUGCCAUGGGGUUUGGAAUGGGCAACUGCUGCCUUCAGGUAACAUUCCAGGCUUGCAGCAUCUCUGAAGCAAGAUACCUUUAUGAUCAGCUAGCGACCAUCUGUCCCAUUGUGAUGGCAUUAAGUGCGGCAGCUCCAUUCUACAGAGGCUACGUGACAGAUAUCGAUUGCCGUUGGGGAGUGAUAUCUGCCUCCGUAGACGACAGAACGAGGGAGGAGAGGGGAUUGGAGCCGUUGAAGAACAACCGUUACAGAAUCAAUAAAUCCAGAUACGAUUCCAUAGACAGUUAUCUCUCUGAAUGUGGUGAAAAAUACAAUGACAUUGAUUUGACGGUAGAUAAAGAAAUCUACGAGCAGUUAGUAAAGGAAGGCAUUGACCAUCUGUUGGCCCAACACAUUGCUCAUUUAUUUAUCCGUGAUCCUUUGACUCUGUUUGAAGAGAAAAUACAUCUGGAUGAUGCAAAUGAAUCUGACCACUUUGAGAAUAUCCAGUCAACAAACUGGCAGACAAUGAGAUUCAAACCACCACCUCCAAAUUCAGACAUUGGAUGGAGGGUUGAGUUCAGACCAAUGGAGGUCCAGUUAACAGACUUUGAAAAUUCCGCCUACGUUGUGUUUGUGGUGUUGCUGACUCGAGUCAUUCUCUCCUACAAACUGGAUUUUCUCAUUCCCUUGUCCAAGGUGGAUGAGAACAUGAAAGUAGCUCAGAAACGGGAUGCUGUUCGGCAAGGCAUGUUUUAUUUCAGAAAAGACAUUUGUAAAGGUGGCAAUGCUGUAGUGGACGGAUGUGGGCCAGCUCAAAAUGGUACAGAGACAGAUUCUGAAGAGUAUACCUUAAUGAGCAUAGAUACAAUAAUCAAUGGAAAGGAAGGAGUAUUUCCUGGAUUAAUUCCAGUUUUGAACUCUUACCUUGAAAAUAUGGAAGUGGAUGUAGAUACAAGGUGCAGCAUUCUAAACUACCUGAAACUCAUUAAAAAGAGAGCGUCAGGAGAAUUGAUGACAGCUGCUCGAUGGAUGCGAGAGUUCGUCGCGAACCACCCAGCAUACAAACACGACAGUGUGAUUACCGAAGAGAUUAAUUACAGCCUGAUUUGGAAAUGCUACCAAAUCGCCGAAGAGCAAGUUGAAUGCCCUGAACUGCUUGGUAACAAAGUAAAAUACAGUGGAACUAAAACCGGCACUUUUUGAUGAAAGGUUUUAAUCCAUUGUGGCGGGGGAGACAUUCUCUGCUGAAGCACUAGCUAUAUUUACUGGUGUGAAUACCUGCAGUUUCAUAGUGUGAAGACCAAAAAUGGUUCUACUGCACUAUUAAGAUGGGCCAAUCUGCCUAAUAUUCUCUCAAAACUUCCUACGAUAGGUGUAUUCUUAUAUUUAAGAUUUAUACUGUGUACAUGUAAAUAGUAAAAUAUUUUUUUGAUUUAACAUCAAUGUAUUUUAAUAACAUUAUACUGAAAGUCAUUGUGAACCAGCUUGUAACUUUUUAUAUGCUUAUUCUGGAAGAAAAAAAAAGAAAAAGUCCAUGUUCUCAAACAGCUUUGCAAAGGUACUGUAUGGGUACUCGUAUAUUAUCAGCAUUCCAGACCUUGAAUGUUUACUCUGACUUUUGUUACCUGGAAUGCACUGAAUCUACUGUACUUUAAAG